AUGGCUCUUUUCUUCGUCGGCUACUUACUAGCAGUAGCAAGUACGGUUGCAUUUAUUGUUGCGAUUUUAACUCCGAAGUGGAUUUAUCCAAAUAAUCUUCCCGUUUCGGAUGCAAAUCCUGCUUCUCCGGCUGAGUCCAACUAUCAGGGAAUCUUUUAUGUCGAUCAAGGCUUUGCGAAUAACACAUGUCGUGAUUGGAUUCUUACUCCCAAAGAUUCCGUAAACAGUUGCCGUCCUACUUAUGCGGUUGCUUGCGCAUCGUUGGCCAUAGUUGCAUCUUCCUUAUCCAUCAUUCUCCUUUGGCUUGCUGGUGCCUAUCUCUACAUCCGUCGUCGACGUCUCGCUCCUCAUUUCGUUACGUUUCUAGCAGCAUUGACAUUAUUAAUAUUUUUUAUCAGCGCAAUCAUCUGGAUCGUUAUGAUUACCAUGAAUCGUGAUAUUAAUAUGCGAAUACUUCGGCAGAGUAUCGGCUUUUCAACAUGGAUUGCUGUUGGUGCAAGUGGCGGUUAUUUGCUUACAUUCAUAUUAUUUGGUCUGUAUCGUCUCGAUCUUGGCCACCGAAGAAGAAAAAUAGUCGUCGCACCAAUACGAGAGACCGGCGCCCAAGCACUAAGUAUUAUUUGUAAUCGUUUGUAUGACCAACCGCAAUGUUCAACGUUAAUUUUAAUUCUUCUAAAUCUCUUGAAAUACGAUGGGACUUGGGAAAUUCGACAUGGAGCUUUAGUCACUCUAAAAUAUGUGUUCAGCAUUCUCAAAGAAAUACCCGAACAAAUUCGAACUCAAUGUGUUCAAGGUGUCCGAAAGUGUCUCGAAGACGAGUCCGACGACGUCGUGGCUACAGCUGCAGCAACCUUAAUACCCCUUGUGGCACAAUAUGAAUCUGUUGUUCUCGAUUGUGCACCUGGACUAAUCGGUGAAUUGAUUAGAUUACUCGACACAAUGGAUGAUUUGAACGCAGCUGCUAGUUCAAUCAUGAAUCUUCUAGCCAAAUUACUCGCAUCUAAUUCAGCAGAAAAAUUUAAAUUAUCGUUUGCUCAUGUUCUACCAAAAAUCUUUCCAUUCUGCCGUCAUCAUACCCUACCAUUUCGUUUAGCUGCUGUUCAAACUGUGAUGAAAAUCAUCGAAGCUAGUCAAUCAAAAUUAACUGCAUGUUCUUCGGAAGAAUUAGCUGUGCUAGAACAUACAUUUCGUCUACUUUUCGAACGAGCUAUUCUCGAAUCAGAUGAGAAGGUUUUGGCAUCAAUCGAACAAGCAUGGAAUAUUCUAUGUCAGACCAAUACUCUUGUGCAACAAUGUACCGCAUCAUCUUAUCAACGAUGGAUUUGUUUAUCUGUACAUCCUGCUAAAAUACCGAUUAAUCCCUUGUGGUUAAUAAAUGACGAUCAACCUCAACAAUCUACAUCGAUUGUUGAAAGAGAUGAUCGACAGUAUUUGAAUAGUUCAGCAGCAAACAAUCAGCAAUAUUUAGCAAUGGGAUUCACAGUAUGUCAUCAGGAAGCACCUCUAGAACAUGAUCGUGCAGUCAGCCGGUGUCGACGUUUAGCCGCUCGAUUACUUGGUCGACUAUUUGUUCACUACGAUCAACAACAAGCGCACGAUGUUUUAAAUUAUUUGACUCAACAUUUGAACUAUCGUUCCGCCGUACAACGGAUGCUUGCAGGAAUGAUUGCGAGCGAAUGGGCGAAAAAUUUGACGGAAUGCUCAUUGAAUACAACUGGUCUUCAAGAACGGUUAAAUCAUUCACUGAAUGAGACGAUUUAUUUCGAUGAAAUAGCACCAUCAUUUACGAAGUUGAAGCGCGAUUUUACAUCAUUCAUGCACGAAUGUGCGCGACAAAAUCUGUGCAGUCAGCAAUCAAUCGCCUCGAUCGAACUGCAUUCGGUGGAUCAUAUUAUUGAGUUAUGUAAUAAUGUUCAUUCAAGUAUUGAUAAUCAUCCGCAAUUGAAUGGACAAAAACAGAAUAUUCGUGACGAGGCUCAACGGAUACAAAAAGAAUCGGAGACACUUUCACUUAGAUCAACAGCUUAUUUAGCAUCGGCGUGUGUCUAUUGGCGUUUUCUUGGCGAACAACUUAAUCCAUUAAUUCGACCAAUGAUGGAUGCAAUAAAAAAAGAAUCUGACCCAUCUAUUCAAGACGAUAUAGCGAAUGCGGCAGCAGAACUUAUCUGGCAAUGUACACAACGUACCACAACUCCAAAUCCUAAUAAUAAAAUCAUCAAAAAUUUAUGCAAUUAUGUCUGCGCUGAUUCGGAUGAAUCUCCGCAUGUAAUCAGCCCGACGCGUUUCACAGAAUCCGGUGAAGCACCUUCAAAUGUUAACGAAGAAUAUAGUUGUACCACUCUAAAAGGUAUUUAUACAUGGCAAAAAACGAAUAGUGAUGAUACUUCAAAGAAUACAUUGACACGUGAUUCUUCUGGUGAUUCAACACCUACACCGUCUUCAGCUACUUCCAAUGCGAGAAAAUUUAGUUUCGAUACAUCGACUAACAACGAUUAUUCUAGACAUGGAGGAGAAUCUACUCUAGCUGCAAUUUGCCGUCGAUUCGGUACUGAAUUACAAAGCAAAUUACCUGAUCUAUAUAAUCGAGUCGUCUCCAAUCUGGAACAAUUCACCGAUGAACUGUGUAAAACACAAUCGACUGAUGAUGCACAACAUCUGGCAGAUACAUUACAAAUCCUCACGACUCUUAUUCCACAUCUUCAUGAUACAAUUUUAAACGAUUACUUGAAACUCUUACCAAAUAUAUCGCGAUGCUUAUCAUCAAAAUAUACAGCUGUACGAUAUUUCACAGCACGUUGUCUCGGUGUUUUCUCGAUGUAUAAAACCGAACAUGUAUUCAAACACAUUAUCGAAUUCAUCCUUCCGAAACUAACAAAUACGAACAUGGACACAAAUUAUUUACAAGGACCCAUCGAAGCCCUCUUUCAUAUAAUUGACAAACAAGCACUUAACAUUGUCCCAUAUGCGAGUUACUUAAUGAUACCUUGUAUUCAAUCGAUGACACACCAGGAUUGGUAUAUACGAUCCACAGCCAGUAAUUGCUUCGCCGUUCUGAUUAAAUAUUAUGCUUUGAGUAAUGACGAUAAAGCAACUGGAGAGAAAAACGGAACAGAUAAUGGCGAUUUUCUUGAACAACUUUUUGAUAACAGAAAAAUGCCUGUGUACCAUUUACCAAUGCCAGUUAAAGUGGAUAUUCGACCAUAUCAACAUGAUGGCAUCAAUUGGUUGAUGUUUCUCAAACGAUAUAACCUCUCGUGUGUUUUAGCUGAUGAUAUGGGUUUGGGAAAGACAUUACAAACGAUUUGUGUUCUUGCUGCAGAUAUUGUUGAACGACGGAAGGAGAACCUAGAAAUUCGACCAUCGCUUGUUGUUUCACCACCGACAUUAACACGACAUUGGACUAGUGAAAUGAAUAAAUUCGUUAGUGAAGAUAUUCUACGACCAUUGCUCUAUUCCGGAAAGAAUCUAGCUGAACGUGAUGGAUUACGAAACAAAUAUUUACAAAAUUUCAAGGAAUACACUGUCAUUGUGGCGUCCUAUGAUGUUGUUCGUAGUGAUAUUGCGUUUUUCUCGUCAGUGCCAUUCAAUUAUUGUGUACUGGACGAAGGUCAUGUCAUUCGAAAUUCGAAAACCAAAUUAUCAAAAGCUAUCCGUCAGAUACAAGCAGCUCAUCGUCUUAUACUAUCCGGUACACCAAUACAAAAUAACGCACUUGAACUAUGGAAAUUAUUCGAUUUUCUUAUGCCGGGUUAUUUGGGUUCGGAAAAACAAUUCAUUCGUCGAUAUCAAAAACCAUUGAUUGCCUCCAGUCGAGAUCGUGAUCUUGAGCACGGACAACUGGCGAUGGAUGUUUUACAUAAACAAGUCAAACCAUUCAUGUUACGUCGUCUGAAAACCGAUGUUUUAGACGACUUACCGCCGAAAAUCUUACAAGAUUAUUAUUGUGAUUUAAGCUCUAUCCAGUGUAUGCUCUAUGAAGAUUUCGCUAAUAAAACGAAAGAACAAGCCAGAUAUUCUGAUAACGAUUCACAGAAUCAAAAUGGAAAUUCGUCGACAGGUCAUGUCUUUAAGGCUUUGCAAUAUUUACGAAAACUGUGUAAUCAUCCUGCUCUAAUUCUAACGCCCGAACAUCCCAAAUGGAUUAAUGUACAAAACGAAUUAAAAGAAUCCCAUAUUAGUCUGAAUGACAUUCGAUUAUCCGGCAAAUUACUUGCACUUAAAGAGCUUUUCAUCGAGUGUGGAAUUGGUGUAUCAAAAGAUGCUGUUGUAUCAACUCAUCGUGCAUUAGUUUUCUGUCAAAUGAAAGUCAUGAUUGAUGUCAUUAUCAAUCAAGUCCUUGGAACUAUGGAAAAUGUUAGUUUUCUUCGUUUGGAUAGUUCAUUGAGUGCUGUCGAUCGUUUUAAUACAGUUAAUUUAUUCAAUUCAGAUCCAAGUAUUGAUCUUCUUUUACUUACGACACAUAUCGGUGGUCUCGGUUUAAAUUUAACUGGUGCUGACACAGUUAUUUUUGUUGAACAUGAUUGGAAUCCAAGCAAAGAUCUGCAAGCAAUGGAUCGGGCACAUCGUAUCGGACAAAAGAAAGUUGUCAACGUCUAUCGACUAAUCACACGAAACACCAUCGAAGAAAAGAUUAUGAAUCUUCAACGAUUCAAAACCAAUCUGGCGGAUACUGUCUUAGCUUCAGAUAAUAAUUCAUCUAGUUUACUAAAUUUAGAUCGAGAAACGAAUUUGAUUGAUCUUAUAUCGUUAGGCGAUGAAGCGAAAGGACAAUCGCUGUUAGCGGACAACUCGUCAAAGAAAUCGACUAAUAAUAACAAGAAGCAAACACUAAAAGCAAUACUUGAUACAUUCUCGGAACAAUUGGACAAUGAUGAAGAAUGUUACAGUAAUGAAUACGAUGUGAACAAAUUUGUUCAACAACUUUGA